UUCUAGAACUAAAUCUUCAGCAUUUAGUUUUCCAAGAUCCUAAACCCCACACUGCCUCGGGAAUCACGAAAAAAAUUAUCCCACCUCACCUGGAACGAAAUAUCCUUACUUUCAUCCUACUCCAUGGGAAAAAAUCAAGAGAACACGAAAAAGAAAAACAUGUCCAUUAAAAUUGUGACAAGCGGAGGAGGGCUUGCCGGGAUCAUCUUGUUAGGUGGUGCAUUGGUCACGGCUGCUCUUGUUUCGACAUUUGCAUAUAAAAGAAUACAAAAAUCGAAGAAAGGUGACGAUGAUAAUUGUUUGAUUAAGUGUUCUAAGGGUGGUCUUUCUUUUCUUGUUCGAGAUUGUUUGUCACCUCAGCUCACUCGUGAUCUUCGGCCCAGCAAUGGAACAGAAGAUGAUUAUGUGUCCAGGGAGAGUAUGGUCUUGGAUGAUACUAAACAAGUUAAUGGUGAUAAAGAUGAAGACAUUGAUAUUCUGGAAAAAGGAAGGGAAAGUCCUUUGUGUGAUGAAUCUGUUACCAUUAUGGAGGACUUCCCGGUUCAAUUUGCUGAUACUUCACUGCUUCAGAAGCCAGAGAAGUUGAAGAAAUAUGAUCGAUUUGAAAAAAAUUCAGAAUUAAAAGCUGAUGAGAAAAUUCUGAUGGCUAAUUCUGACCAGGUGGGUGUGGUAUGUAAUGGGAUCAAAAAGAAUUUUGACGGAAAUAAUAAAAUGGAUGAUCUAGUUGAAGUAGUUUUUAAAGAGCAUAUGCCUGCGGAAAAAUGUAGUGAAAACAGUGAGGUUAUAAUUGAAAGAGAGGAGGUACUUGUUAAGGUACCUCAGUCUGAGCAACUAGGAAUUGAUUAUGACUAUCAAAAGCGCGGAGAUGAAUGUGAUGGAAUUCUUGUGGAGGAAAGGGAAGAAUUGGUUGAAGCAGCUGUCGUAAAUAAGAUCAUCAGAGCAGAUAACAAUCCAUAUCAGGGAGGGAAUGAAUGUGAUGCUGAUGUGGGGAUUACAAUUGAGAAAGGUGAAGAAUUGGUAGGAGGUGUUGCUGCAAAUGGGAUUCAAUUGAGUGAAAAAUUAGAUAGAGAUCAAGGUAUUCUUUGCGCUGAUGGUGAAAUAAUUCAAAGAAAUGAGGAUGGAACUUGUGAUAUAAACAAGACUAGCUUGUUGCUAGUGACGGACAGUUCAUCAUUACUCAAACCUGCAAGUGCUGACCUCGUUGAAGAGACGUUAGUCAUUGAAGAUACGAAGAUAUUGGAAGGGGAUGAAGCAGAUAAGAUUUCAGUUCAGGAAGAUAGUAUCAAAGUUGAAGACAGGGUAGAAACGCAAUUUGUUGAGCCGAAUGAAGACUGCAAGAUUGACAGAGAAACUACCAAUGAUAAAUGGGAGGGUGCAGAUGAGAUUGGAAAUGACCAACAAAUGCAACAAUGUGAGGAAUUCCAAAUCAACGAGGCUACGAAGUAUAGUUCUGAUAAGUCUUCACCUGAGAUGAAUUCAUUUCAAUGUGAUGGUCUUGGAGUGCAAGAAUUCUCCUUCCCACUGCUUGACAGCCCUCCCUAUUGCAACUUUGGAAAUUUGAUCAAGGAUGUCUAUUCACAAAAAGCCCUACAUGUGGAAGAUUUCAACACGAUGGAAAAGGAUAAAUCAGCUAAUGAGGUUUUUUCUUAUCAGACUAUGGUAGAAAGAAAUCCCCAAUCAACUAAUAAUGAUGAAAUGAAGAGCUUUAAUGAUGGCGGUGAGAAUGAUGUUGCAAAAGGUGAAGAAAUACUCCUGACAGGUCUUGUGGAUAUCGGUGAUGGCAGAAAAAAUGACGCGGAAGCACUUGAGAUAAUAGGAACAGAAGACUCUGAAUUAGGAAACAAUCAGCAACCACCUUUAAAAGAAGAUAACAAUUACAAUGAUAAUGUUAACGAAGAAGAAGUCAGUGACAGCAGCGAAGAGGAGGAAACUAGUGACAGUGACUGUGAUGAGGAGGACACUGGUGACGAAGAUGAGGACAUUUCAGAAACAUCAAGGGGCUCCUCUCUGGCCUCUAACGCGGAGGCUAUCUGGCCAGUGGAGUCAGUGCAGGAACUUUCACGGAAGAUUAAACCUAUACAGGAUAACCACAAUUUUAUGGAAACUGAAAGGGAAGACGGUCAUUCCAACUUCAACAAACAUAAUCUAGAAGAACCUGAAAAAAAUUUAAAAAAGGAAUUUAGCGACAAGUUCACAGAAGAGAUCACAACACGGAGACAGGCAACAAUGUUUUGGUUUUUGUCAUUACUGGUACCUUUUUUACUCCUACUCUGGCUUCUCUCAUCUCAGCUAAGCUCCCCCGAUUCAUCUUGUUGUCAUAUGCAGUGAAUACUUCUUCAGUUUCCAUUAGCUUCGAGGCAAAUGAGCUAUGAUAUAUGUCUGACAGUUUGAGCUGAGUCCAUAAAACAACCAUUCUUAUCUAUAAAUAUUAUUGCUGCCUUAAGUGUUGCAAGCAAACAUUCAACAUUGUUUGAUCAGAUUAUGUUUUACUUUCAGGCUCUAUAGUUGCAGAGUUAAUACUUAUAUAAUCGGAUGAUUAUUUAGAUGUUACGUAAGAUAUAUAUCGUAAUGAAACCGGUCCCCAACCACCGUCGAAUAAGAAUCAGUUUCCAUCCAACGAAUCGCAACCAUCAAUAAAUUUCAUCGCGGCGUACUUAAAUCUCAACGGUUAGUUUUCCAGAAUAAUGGUUCAGAUUGUUGGCUGUGUUUCAUAAUUUGCGGUGGAUCUACCGUGUAAAGACUGAUCACGUGAUCCUAUUCCUGACAUAUACAUAUGAACU